ACCAAGUAACCAGGUAACCAGUCACACCAGCAGGUGCAUUCAGGAGCUUCGUGGGACAGAUGGAGUCCGAAGAAAACCUAAUCAACGUUUUUCUGCUGGUGCUGAUCGCAUCCCACUUGACUGUGGUGGGUCCUUCUGCCCCCGAGCAGGGCUGGCAGGUGUACAGCUCAGCCCAGGACCCUGAGGGACGAUGUGUCUGUACGGUUGUGGCUCCGCAGCAGUCCGUCUGCUCCAGAGAUGCCAGAACCAAGCAGCUCAGACAGCUGUUGGAGAAGGUUCAGAACAUGAGCCAGUCCAUUGAGGUCCUGGACCAGAAGACACAAAGAGAUCUGCAGUUUUUGGAGAAGAUGGAGGUUCAGCUGAAGGGUCUGGAAAACAAGUUCAAACAAGUGGAAGACGGACACGAGAGCAACGUGGCCCGACAGUACAAGUCCAUCAAAGCAAAGAUGGAGGAGUUACGUCCUCUUGUCCUGGUCCUGGAGACCUACAAGAAGGACGCGUUGCUGGUCCGACAGUUCAAGGAGGAGGUGGCCAAUGUGACGGAGUUGCUGGGAUCUCUUCAGGAACAACUGGGAGGUCUGGACUACCAGGAGCUCCACGGUCGAGUCAUGGACCUGGAGAACCGGCUCAGGGCCUGCAUGCAGAGGCUGGCCUGUGGGAAGCUGACAGGGAUCUCUGAGCCAAUCACCAUCAAGACGUCUGGAUCCAGGUUCGGAUCAUGGAUGACCGACCCGCUCGCCCCGGCUGGAGACAGCAGAGUGUGGUACUUGGACGGUUACCAUAACAACCGCUUCGUGAGGGAGUACCAGUCCAUGAGCGACUUCAUGACGACGGAGAACUUCACUUCCCACCGCCUGCCUCACCCCUGGUCCGGCACUGGUCAGGUGGUCUACAACGGGUCCAUUUACUUCAACAAGUUCCAGAGUCACACGAUCAUCAGGUUCGACUUCAGCUCGUCGCUCAUCAGCCGGUCCCGCCAGCUGGACUUCGCCGGCUACAACAACAUGUACCACUACGCCUGGGGGGGGCACUCCGACAUCGACCUCAUGGUGGACGAGGGGGGGCUGUGGGCCGUCUACGCCACCAAUCAGAACGCAGGGAACAUCGUCCUCAGCCAGUUGAACCCCAACACGCUGCAGAUCAUCCGCAGCUGGUCCACCAACCACCCCAAACGCAGCGCUGGAGAGGCCUUCAUGAUCUGUGGGACCCUGUACGUCACCAACGGGUACUCGGGGGGAACCAAGGUGUACUACGCCUACUCCACCAACUCCUCCACCUACGAGUACAUCGAUAUUCCACUGGCCAAUAAAUACAGCCACCUGUCCAUGCUGGACUACAACCCCCGAGACCGGGCGCUGUACGCCUGGAACAACGGCCACCAAGUCCUCUACAACGUGACCCUGUUCCACAUCAUUCAGUAACGCACUGCGUACUAAGCUAGGGACGUUAGCCUCGCUUAGCACGGAGCGUCCCUGUCUCUGGGGACGUUAGCUUAGCUUAGCACGGAGCGUCCAUGGAGCUCAGGUGUUGUUAGUCCUUCAACAGGUCCAGAGCAACAACUUCACUCAGAGGUCAGAAUAUGAGGUUCAUCAAUGGUUCAUCAAGAGUUUCAGUUAAAGCUAAAACCACAAUGUUUAGAUUUGAUAUUUAAAGUUUCUCUCUGCUUCAGUCUUGGUGCUAAGGUACGCGAAACACGUUCACUUAGAUCUUAUUUCAUUCAAUGUUUAAUUGGUUUUGUUGGGUUAAUUCACUAAAUAUUUGACACAAAAGCUUUUUGAAAAGUAAAUAAACGAAGAAUUGUCUUUCACAAGAACACUGACAUGAUAAUUAUGGGAUGUCUUUUCUUACUAUUGUGUAUGAUACAGAUUAAAAACAAUAUUUACUGUC